AUGGCUUUCGAUCCUGAGAAGGUGUCCGUCGACCAAGUCGAGCGGACUGUCUCGCAAGAAUCUAACGAUGCUCGAAUUGCACAAUUUACACCCGAACAGCAGCGAAAAAUCAUUCACCGCGUUGACCGCAGACUUGUGACAACGCUUGGUGCUCUGUACGCCUGCAGUCUCAUGGAUAGAACCAAUCUAGGAGCUGUAAAUAUUGCAGGCAUGUCGAAGGCGCUGAAGCUGCAUGGAUCGCAAUACAGCUUGAUCGUCCUGAUCUUCUUCAUUCCCUAUGUUCUCUUCCAGCCGCCGGCAACUGUCGUUCUACGGAAAAUGGGACCACGUCAUUUUCUUACUGCCAUUGUUAUUCUAUGGGGAGGCUGCAUGAUUGGGUUUGGCUUUGUCAAGAAAUGGGAUCAGAUGCUUGGUCUCCGUGUUAUUCUCGGUGUUCUCGAAGCUGGUUUCUUCCCUGGGUGUGCUUAUCUCCUCUCAACGUGGUACACCAGAUAUGAGCUGCAGAAGCGAAAUGCGGUGUUCUAUCUUAUUGGCAGUAUGGCUUCAGCAUGCUCUGGUAUCUUAGCAUACGGUAUCAUGCAAAUGAACGGACUCGCCAAUCUCGCAGGCUGGCGAUGGAUCUUUAUCAUCGAAGGCCUCCUAACCUGCGUUCUUGGCAUAGUCGGCUACUUCCUCAUCGUCGACUUCCCCGAACACGCUGCCACAUCCUGGAAGUUCCUCUCCAAAGCCGAGUCCGACUUCAUCGUCGCCCGCAUCGAGCUCGACCGUCACGACGCCGUCCUCGAACCGUUCUCCCUAAAAUCCUACCUCAAGAACGCCCUCGACUCCAAAGUCUGGGGCUUCGCCUGCCUCUUCGGCCUCACCACCACAAACACCUACGCCAUCGCCUAUUUCCUGCCCGUCAUCCUCCGUCUCGGAAUGGGCUUCUCCAUCGCUAAAGCUCAAUGUCUCGUGGCUCCUCCUUAUGUCGCGGCUGCAAUUGUCAUGUUUGGAUGUGCUGCUUUGGGUGAUAAGUACCAUAUUCGUGGACCCAUCAUCAUCGGCAAUGCGAUUCUUGGCCUGAUCGGCCUGCCUCUCCUCGGCUACGCAACUAAUAACGGCGUCCGCUAUUUCGGUGUAUUCCUCGCAACGAUCGCUUGCAAUGCCAAUAUUCCCGCCGUGUUGACAUACCAAGCGAACAACAUCCGCGGGCAGUGGAAGCGCGCCCUGUGUUCUGCCACGUUAGUUGGGUUUGGUGGUAUUGGUGGUAUUAUUGGGAGCACGGUUUUCAGGGAUGAGGAUGCGCCGAAGUAUGGCCCGGGUAUUAUGACGACUAUGAUUAGUAGUGGGCUGGUUAUUGUUAUUACGUGUUUGAUGACUGUGAAGUUUCACUUGGCGAAUAAGAGGGUGGAUAGGGGUGGGAAGGCGAUUGAGGGGCAGGAAGGUUUUAGGUAUACUCUUUAG